AGUGUGUCUGAACAUCAUCAUAUCAACUUCGUUUCCAUUUUCAUACCACUCUACGAUCAACACGUUUUCUCCGGCGUACUUUCCGAUCACAUUUUCCGACGAUCAUCCACUUCACCUUCCUCCGCCGUUCACCUUUCUCCGACGAUAAAAUUGUAAAAAGAUGGAGAUGGCUGAUUCAUGCUGGGAUUAUGGCUUUGUUGAAGUGGAUACUGGAUUGGUUAAUACGCAACCAAAGUCAGUUGUGAUAAUAGAUGACGAAGACUGUGAAGGAAGUUCGGGCACCACUUCAGCAGUUGAUCAGUCAACCCCUUGUUCCACGUCAUCGGAACGUGGACCUCCCAUUUGUCGCCAGUUUUGGCAAGCUGGAAACUAUGAUGAUAAUUUGGCUCCUGCGUCUAAAACUCAUGUGGGCUCAAGUUAUCUACAUAUACACCCUAAGUUUCUUCAUUCCAAUGCUACUUCACACAAAUGGGCCUUUGGUGCCAUUGCUGAGCUUCUUGAUAAUGCUGUGGAUGAGAUACGAAAUGGGGCCACAUAUGUAAUGAUAGAUAAGAUCUCAACCCCAAGGAAUGGAAGUCCUGCAUUAUUGAUUCAAGAUGAUGGAAGUGGUAUGGACCCAGAAGCGAUGCGGAAAUGUAUGAGUUUUGGCUUUUCAGAUAAGUCAGAAUCUGCAAUCGGAAAGUAUGGGAAUGGAUUUAAAACUAGUUCAAUGAGGCUCGGGGCAGAUGCUCUAGUUUUCACACGUACCUUAGUUGACGGGACUCUCACACAAAGCAUUGGCCUUUUGUCAUAUACAUUCUUGACUCGAUCAGGCUAUGAUAGAAUAGUGGUUCCAACGGUGCACUACAAGUUCAAUUUUAUAACAGGCGCUUUUGAGUCGCUACAAACAAAAAGUGACAGACGCUCUGAUGUAAACUUAUCCGUGCUGCUGCAUUGGUCUCCAUAUACAGCAGAAGCAGAACUGCUAAAACAAUUUGAUGAUAUUGGUGAGCACGGGACGAAAAUCAUCAUUUACAAUUUAUGGCUCAACGAUGAUGGUAACAUGGAGCUUGAUUUUGAGUCUGACAUUGAGGAUAUUCGUCUUGCAUUGGUUGAAAAAACUAGAGCAAAAGACGGUUCUAAACAGGCAAUUACCGAUAACCACCUUGCUAAUCGCCUUCAGUAUUCUCUUCGUGCAUACUUAUCAAUCUUGUAUGUUAAACUCCCGGCAACCUUCAGCAUCGUGCUGCGUGGAAAUUAUGUUCUAUAUCAUAACACUGCAAGAGAUUUGAUGCAUCCUGAGUUUAUCUUGUAUAAACCUCAUAAGGGUGGUGGAUCAAAAGAGGGAUCAGUGAUUACAACAAUCGGGUUCCUUAAGGAGGCCCCACAUGUGAAAGUUCAUGGCUUUAACAUCUACCACAAGAGUCGUCUGAUACUGCCGUAUUUACCAGUCGUCUGUGCUAGCAACGGCAAAGGACAAGGCGUUGUCGGAGUGCUUGAAGCAAAUUUUAUGCAGCCUACACACAGUAAACAAGAUUUCGAAAAAACUAAUCUUUUUCAAAAACUUGUAACCCGAUUGAAGGAUAUGGCAAUUGAAUACUGGGAUACUCAUUGUGAACUCCUUGGUUAUACGGUCCCUAAAAAAGUUCGACCUUCAGUUGCUUCUGGCAGUUGCCCUAAACAACAGGGAUCAAAUUUGAAGAGGAAAACGCCUGAUCCACCAGAGGGUUCCCCGUCGAUAACGACCAGUGCGGCAGAUAUGGAUCCAAAAAAGGCAAACCUGAUGCAAGAAAACAAGAAGCUUAAACAGCAAUGCUCGGAUCUCGAGAUGAGUGAGAAGGAACUUAGUCUUAAGGCGACGAACCUUCAAACCGUGUUAGAAGAGGCUGAAAAAGAAUAUGCAUCUUUGUUGACGGAAUUGCAGCGUUUGGAGAGUGUGAAAGUGUGGGAAAGGGGUGUGAAGGUGUAAAUGCUUAAUUAUAGAAGUUGUAUAUGAUGACAAGUUGAAGCUGUUUGGGGUCUAACUAAAACCCUUGAUAGGAAGAUUAGAGCUACAUAGUAUAUCACUAGAAACUAAUGAAGACAACACAGAUGCUAGUGUGUUUGGAUCAUAACUUGAAAGGGGAUUUUGUAAAUAUUUUGCUAAGGCAUGUUAUUGAAUUCCUUUGAUGAAAUGUAGGCCAGCCAAUCAUGUCCAAA